AUGCGUCGUCGACGUAGAGCGACUGAGAUGCUGCUAGCUGCAUUGUCUAUAGCUGCAGUCAUAGUCCCAUCCUCGGAUGCUCAAGAAAUCCAAAAUUUAACCAUCGCAGGAAAUGCAUCAACACGAAUAAUUUCACCCAACUUCCCGUUCACGUAUCCAAACAAUGCCGACAAGACGUGGAUCAUCCGUACUGAGGAGAAUCACAAGAUUGCCAUCACCUUCGUUGAGUUUAGGGUCGAUACUUGGCGUGGCGGCGACUACAUCCAGACUGGCGACGGUACAAAUGUUACUGCGAACCAGUUCUUCGAGGAGAAUGGGUUUACGCUCCCGCCCAACCUGCUGUCCAAUGGGAAUGAGAUGUGGAUGCGAUUCAUCACCGACUACCAGCGGGGUGCUUCUGGGUUUAUGCUGGCGGCUUCCAGUGUUCCCUCGACAGAAAUGUUGACCUGUUCUCGUACUGAAUUUGACUGUGGACAGUACUGCAUCCGUGGCACCCUGCAGUGUGACCGUGUAAAUGACUGCUUUGAAGGAACGGAUGAACUAAAUUGCGACGAGGACCGCAUCGUCUACAUUGGAGGAUCCGAAACAGCUGAGCUUGCUUCGACUAGAUACCCGAGCUCGUACGUCAAUGACAUCCAGAUAACGUGGAUCAUCCGAACCGAAGAAGCUCGCAAGAUCAGCAUUUCCUUUACCCAGUUUUAUACCCAGUAUUUGAAUGACGUCUUCCAGGCCGGUGAUGGCAACAAUAGCACCCACAAUGUGUUCUUCCAGUGGAGUGGGAGCAGAAAUCCGCCCGAUCUGCUGUCAGCUGGAAAUACCAUGUGGCUUCGGUUCACUGCUGACAAAAGUUACCAAUAUCAAGGGUUUCUACUUACAGCACGCAGCGUACCUGCCUCUGACAAUUUGACAUGUUCCCCUUACCAGUUUGACUGUGGGCAUUAUGUGUGUAUCGCCUCUUCCUGGCAGUGUGAUGACGUGUCAGACUGUUUUGAUGGACGCGAUGAACUAGGCUGUGACGAGGACCGUCUCGUUUACAUUGGAGCAUCCGAAACAGCUGAGCUUGCCUCGACUGGAUACCCCAGCGCGUACGACAAUGACAUCCAGAUAACGUGGAUCAUCCGAACCGAAGAAGCUCGCAAGAUCCGCAUUUCCUUUAGCCGGUUUUCUACCGAGUAUUGGUAUGAUGUCUUGCAGGCCGGUGAUGGCAACAAUAGCACCCACAAUGUGUUUUUCCAGUGGAGUGGGUACAGAAACCCGCCCGAUCUGCUGUCAGCUGGUAAUACCAUGUGGCUUCGGUUCACUGCCGAUGAAAAUAAUAGAUAUUCAGGGUUUCUGCUGACAGCACGCAGCGUACCUGCCUCUGACAAUUUGACAUGUUCCCCUUACCAGUUUGACUGUGGGCAUUCUGUGUGUAUCGCCUCUUCCUGGCAGUGUGAUGAUGUACCGGACUGUUUUGAUGGACGCGAUGAACUAGGCUGUGGUACUCAUGAAAUAUUCCUCCGUGCCAGUGAAACAGCCACCAUACACAUUUCAUCUAUUCAUAUCAACUCCAUGUGGCUCAUUCAGACUGCGGAAGACCAGAAGGUUCUCAUCACUUAUCACACCGGUUACCUCCGCUUGAGUGGAUCCUACGUAUUGCAAGCCGGUGAUGGUGACGAUAGUACCAACAACGCAAGUGUCUUUUUUGAAUGGAGCAGAGAGUCUAGCUAUAAUGAACAUAUACCCCCAGACCUGCUGUCAGACGGGAAUAAGCUGUGGGUUACCUUCGAGCACGGAAAGUCGUUUAACGCAUACUUCUUAGACAUACUGGCUACGAGCGUCCCGUUAACUGAAUCUCUGACCUGUUCCUUGGGUGACGUGGAUUGCGGCCAUUCGGUCUGCCUCAGCCACGCCUUGCAGUGUGAUACCAUCUCAGACUGCGUAGAUGGCAAUGAUGAGUUGGACUGCGAUAAAGACCGUUUGCUGAUUAUUCCGGCCAAUGAGACAGCCCGCAUUUGUUCGACAUUAUAUCCAGUCAACUACCCCAUCAACCUCAAUAUCACUUGGAUCGUCCAAACCGAAGUGGGUUGGAAGAUUCGCAUUAAAUUCUCCAGCUUUGCAAUCUCUACUUACACGUACUACGGUGGUGAUGUUCUCCAUGCAGGAGAUGGUAGCAUUGCAGCCAACACUGAUUUUUUUAAGUGGCAUGGGUCUAGAAUGCCUCCCGAUCUUCUAUCCACUGGCAGUGACAUGUGGCUUCGAUUUAUCUCUGACGAGUAUUACAGCGGCUCUGGAUUUUUUUUAGUGGUUUCUUCUGUACCUUCUUCAGAAAUGUUGACGUCGUGCUCCCCAAGUGACUUUGACUGUGGUCAUCACUCUGUCUGCAUCCCUGACAUUUGGAAAUGUGACGGCCAAGUCGAUUGCUUGUUAGUUGCAGAGGGUGACGAGCACAACUGUCACAACGAUCGUGUUGUGUUCCUUGGGGCAAUGGAAAUAGCCGAGCUGGGGUCUACAAACUAUCCAUGGUAUUCAUAUAACAUUGAGAUUACAUGGAUCAUCCACACCGACGAAGACCGCAAGAUUCGCGUCAGAUUCUCCGACUUCCAAACCGAACAUCUGACUGACUUUGUCCAGGCAGGAGACGGCAACAGGAGCACAGACAACGCCUUUUUCCGAUGGAGUUGGCACAAGCUUCCGCCUGAUCUGCUUUCCAGCGGUUCGGUGAUGUGGCUUACUUUCAAAUCAGAUGGCAGUUACAAUGGACGCGGAUUUUUGUUGUCUGUCGCCAGCGUGCCAGCUACAGAUCGCAAUUUAUUUCUCGGUGCGAACGAAAACACCCGGAUUACAUCUCCGUUUUAUCCAAGCAUCUACCCGAGAAACCUGAAAACAACCUGGACCAUACAGACAGAGGCGAAUCGAAGGGUUCUAGUCACUUUUCAUAGUUUUUCAGGUUCUCAGGGCGGCACAUUCAAGGCAGGUGACAGCGGCGCUAACGACACGUUCUUUGUUUCCCACCUGUGGAGGUUUCCACCAAAUCUACUCUCCGAUAACCGGACAAUGUGGUUCAGUUUGGAAACUGGCAAGAAUAACACCAUUCCAUGUUCGUGGCGCAACUUUGAUUGCGGUCACUCUGUCUGCAUUGAUGGGAGUUGGCGAUGUGACGGUCAACUGGACUGUUUUGACGACAAUGAUGAAGAAAAUUGCGAUAGCUGUUUCGGUCGAUGCUUUUCAGACGGACCUCGGACCGGUGAUUGUUGGUGCGACGCUGCGUGCGAGCUGAGCAGAGACUGCUGUUCAGACUACAAUGAGCACUGCUUGGGAGGACUGAUCCCACUUACCGCACAACCAGAUGUCGAUGAAUGUAACCCGGAUGCGCCGUUGCACAACUGCGACGACAAUGCAAUCUGCAAUGAUACCUUCGAAAGCUUCACAUGCACCUGCAGACCUGGAUAUGAAGGGAACGGCGUGUAUUGCAUAGAUGUGGAACCGCCCAGCAUCACUUGCCCUGCUCACUUCACAGUCUACACAGACUGCAGGAAGAGCUACUCAACGGUCUCCUUGCCCGACGUCCAGUCUGCAUCCGACAACUCCGGCCAGUAUACCAUCAGCAUAAACAUUGGCGGCUCGAUAUACGAGGUGGGCGACACCACGACUCUCAGUCUGGGAGCAUCACCUCACAUGGUGCGCUACACCGCUACUGACAAUUCCUACGCUGCACACUGUUAUACAUACGUGACGGUGGCAGAAGUUUCAGAUGGAACAUUCUGUGAAGAAACCGGAUCCCCACCAAACUGCAUCUGUAAGUCAAACGAAGGGCUCGACUGCACUUGUUUCUACAAAAACUGUGGUCAUGACUGUUCUCAAUCCGCUGAGGGAGUGGAAUGUACAGGACCAGGCAAACCAUAUCCAAACUGCACAGAUGUUGAUCUUUGCGAUCCUGGAUACUCAGGACCACGCUGUGACAGCGACAGUAACACUCUGCAGUGUCCAGAAGUUGACAACCGUUGUCUUGCUGAUGGACUGUCGUCCGUAGAAAUUAGUUGGUCGCUCGGCCCUCCGGGUACUAGCUCCGACGUUACUUGCACAGAUUCCUUGGAUGGAGCCACUGUGGAGACUACCGGGGGUGUGUUUGGUGUUGGCAUGCACCACGUGGUCUGCUCCUCGGCAGAUAAUGCCUUCCCAGACUGCCUGAUUACUUUCGGUGUUUCAUACUUCCCGUCUCUGACAGUACCUGAAGUCGAUGGGCAGUGCACGGAUCCAGGCAUGAAGACAUCUACAGUGACAUGGACUGAGGUUCAUGCCGUUGACGCUGGUGAAGUCACCAUUGUUUGCACAGAUUCUGGUGAUGGCGUCGGUGUCGGUGUUGCAGGAGGUGUAUUUGGAGUAGGACCGCAUACAAUAACAUGCCGUGCUGUCAAUGAUGUUGGGUGUUCAGAGUCAAAGGACUUCACUUUUAACGUCAUGGAGGGCAAUCUUGUGCCAUUUGGAGAAGAAAUUGGAGACUCCCUGUUGUCAAAAGACGCAGAAAGGCCACACUCAGCAAAGGAUCUGAUAUCACGUACCAUAUAUCCUCCAAACUUCCUUCCCUUCGGCAGCAAGCUAUACGAAAAGAUAUACUUUACCGACAACGGAGUGAUUGUUCUGUCCAACGACCAAAGCCUUGAUAAACGAGCAUUCCCCAGUCCGCAGGGUAAAACUUUCCCCAGUAACAGGACGAUGAUAGCGCCGUUUUGGGCGGAUGUCAAAGCUAACGCCUUCACUGACACAGAUAAUGUGUUUUGGCAGGUGCACGAUCAGUAUGACCCAAAUGUCAACCAGAACAUGCUGGAUGUUGCUAGUCUCAUAGUUUCAGCCAACUACAGUGGUUUUUCAGCAAACUGGGCUCUGUCUAUCACCUGGAGAAAUGUAAAGGCCAUAUCACCCUUAGAAACAAAUACCUUCCAAACCUUGCUAGUGACUGACGGAGUCCGCGCGUUCGUCGUUUUCAAUUACGAUCCCUGCGGCAUGAACUGGGAUACCAGUUUUUUACCCAACAAGAACAUCAUCCAGGGCUACACCUCCGGACUCUUUGGCGAAACUGUGUAUGUAGAUAUACCCGAAGAAUCACAGUUUCGUCCCGGUGGCAUAGUGGGCAACACAGGGAAGACAGGACGCUGGGUCUACCGGCUCGACACCCUCCCGGACGGUUUUGUCAAUCCACGUUUGUCCUGCCACGAUUGGUACCACCGCCAGGUACCGUACCCACUAUUUGCUACCCACUAUCCUCCGUUCGCAGACACGUGCCCAUGCAGUCUGUGGAAUGCCAGAUUUGAUUGGAGAUACACCGAGGUCUCGCGAUCAGUCGUCUUGCCAGAUGAUGGAAAUUCAUAUCCCGCUGUUUGCUACGUCAGGCUUUUCCAGGUUUCAGGAAUUCCUGGUCCACUGUGCUGCUAUAAUCUUUUCGGUCGUGAUCUUGUGUACGACGUCCGAAGUGCCAGGGUCGCGUCUGUCUUUGAGAGGUAUCCACUUGGGCCUAUAUUCUACACGGCCGACUCUUUCGACUUAUGGAAAAGGGAAGAAGUACUUCCACGUCAUUAUUGUUGUCAGAAGUCUACUCUUUGCCACCUGUACAGGACAUGGCGACCUCUAAUGAGUUGCAGGUGGUACAGGCCCCCGGCUUGGGUGUGGUUGUGGGGAGACCCCCAUAUCGUAACGCUUGAUGGACUGGAGUACUCUUUUAAUGGUCUGGGUGAAUACACACUAGCACUCAUCGAGGAUGACGAUGGACAACAACUCUUUGAACUGCAAGGUCGCACACGACAGGCCGUGGAUACGGAGACAGGGGAACUUAGCCAGGCCACUGUCUACUCUGGUUUCGCUGCAGUUUACACAGGAGAAGCAAAGAUUGAGAUCAAGUUAAGUGACGAUGCCAUGAACUUGAUAACGACUGUCAAUGGGACCGUUGUCACACCCACUGCUGAAGGAUUGCAGUUUGACAAUCUUCAGGUAACGAGGGCGGAGAACCCAAUCAAAGUGAGCGUCAUGUAUUCUGAUUACAUCACCUUUUCCGUCGGGGUGAAUAACAGCAUGGCCGACAUCACAGUCCUUUUCAACGAGGACUUCAAAGGCAAAACGAAAGGAAUUCUAGGUGUGUGGGAUGACGACCCAAGCAAUGAUGCUUUGAGGCGCAAUGGCACUUUGCAAACGGGCUCUGGAGACAAUGGAGAGUUGGUGGAGAGAGACCUCUUCGAAUUUGGCGAAACAUGGCGAGUUGUGGAGGAAGACUCUCUGUUCUUCUAUCAGUCUCCUGCUGAAAGCUACGACUCCUUGAACGACCCCAACUUCACUCCAGACUUCCUGCAAGAUUUGAUCGACAAGGCACCGCCAGGAAGAUACGACGAGGCCAAAGCGGUCUGUGGAUCUAGCAGAGAGUGCCUGUUCGACUCCUUGGCUCUGAAUGAUACAAGCAUCGGUAUGGCUACAUCGGCACUCAAUGAGAUGAACAUGGAAAACAUGGCAAUCGCAACCAAUUUCCCACCAAACAUAACACUUGUGGACUCCAUCGAAGUUAUUGUUGGCAAGAACUUCAUCCUGCAACUGGAAGCAGUUGAUCCUGACGGCGAUGACGUCACUUUCGAGUUACUUGAGAUGGUAGCAGGGGCAGCCAUUUCAGCCUCAGGUCGAUUUUCUUGGACACCAGAGGACAAGACUAAGGUGAAGAUCUGUUUCCUAGCAACAGAUGGAAAAGCGAAUGCCACCCUGGAACCAAUCGUGAAGCUCUGUGACUGUCAGAAUAACGGCACCUGCCUAUUUGAUCAGUACUCUAGUCGAGUGAACAUCGUUCAGGACCGAUUUGGGGUGGUGUUAUGCCAAUGUGAGCCCGGCUGGUCGGGAGAGUUCUGUGAAGAGAACUACGACGCGUGCGCAGACAACCCGUGUUUCCUGAAUGUUGAUUGCGUGGAUGAGGAUCCACCCUCGUUGAACAGCACCUGCGGACCUUGUCCAGCGGGACUUGAAGGGGACGGGAAAACCUGCCAAGAUAUUGAUGAGUGUGAGCUGUACAGAGACCAGCCAGCUAGCGGUGGUGGACUGGGCUGCGACCAGAACUGUAACAACAUCCUCAUGAACUUCACGUGUAGCUGCAAUGCUGGAUACUUACUGCAUGAAGAUGGGAAGCGAUGCAUUGGAAUUGUCGAAUCAACAACUGAAUCAAGUCAAGAUGCAGUGACAAAGUCCACCACAGAAAAAGAAUCGGUGACGUCCAUGAAAACAAUAGCAGUGUCUAAUCUCAUGCCGUCUACCGAAGGAUCAGUUAAUGAGCCUAUGCACACUUCUGUAUCUUCUGAAACUGUCGUAACAACAUCUGCAAGCAUCACUUCAGAAGAAUCACCUGGGAUCGCAGCAACGGUGGCAACUACUGAGAAUCCCGCUACUCAAGAGUCACCAACAGUGACUGGAAAGCCACCAACACAAUCUAAUGAAGACUCCAUAACUGAUUUGUCGACAACCACUAAAGGCGUUACAGAAGGUUGUCAUUUGUCUGCGUUGAGCUGUUUGAAUGGAGGGACCUUUGAUGCGGAGUUUUGCGAGUGCGUCUGUCCACUUACGCACUCGGGAAUGACGUGUGCUGAUGAGAAUCGCUGUCUUUCCAACAACAGAUGUGGGAAUGACCAAUACUGUUUACCAAGCAAUGAUCCGUUGGGAUUUACUUGCCACUGCAAUAUCAUCCAAGGAUUUGUAGAAGGUGAUUCUGGUCAGUGCCAACAUUACCCAUCCAAGAAUGCCGUGAUUACUGUCCUUAUGGACUUCAACGAUGCCUUCAAAAACCCAGCGUCGAAAGCUUUCAAUAAAACUGCAGCCGUGUUUGAGAAUACAAUUUUGAAGACUCUUAAGGAACACCCAUCAACCAAUGGCGUUUUGUCGGUGGUAGUUCCUUUAAUGGAGGAGGGCAGUGUGGUCAUCAGAUCUGUAGCACUGUUUGAAACUGCUGCACCGUCCAACGCCAUUAUACGUGAAGUGCUGGCGAACAGUGAUACACUGACUGAUGGCAGUACAGUCAUUGACAUCGAUCAAAACUCGAUCCUUGUGGAUGAUGAGGCAAUAGACUGUGUACCGACUUACUGCAUGAACGGUGGGACGUGUGAGACAUUGGGCAUCUUUCCUUAUAAGAACUACGCAUGCAGGUGUCCUGAGUCUUUUAGUGGUAAGCGAUGUGAGUCCGAAGUGUUGCCACAUCCAGAAGAUGGAUUGUCAACAUUGGCCCUAGCUUUCAUCAUCAUUGGGUCUCUCGCUUUGGCUGUCGUGGUGGUAGUCAUGCUAGUCUGCAUUGUUCUUCACAACCAAAGCCUGCAGGCAAAGGUUUCUGCCAACCACCGGAAUAAGGUUGCCCCGAUUAUAGUUGAGGAAGCGACAAUGACUAAUCGUGUGGUGGACAACAUCAGUUACCCACCUGACCUCCAGCAGGGUUUGGCAGGCCGUGAAGCGUUUGCUAUGUCAUAUAUGGUGAUAGGCAUGGAGAAUCGCAGUGACGGGACAGCAGAUGACGUCGCUGGCCGCUUGGAUCGCAAUUCUCGUGUCUGUUAG